CAUCUUUACACCUCGACGUAAUUAAAUUGAAAAAUCGAUAAAGAUUCCUGUUUUAUCUUGCAUGAGUAACCUAAAAUCGCGUGGUGGAAAUAUUUUGUUUUUUCCGUUCCCUUAGUAAAAGCAUGCUAUUUAGCAAACACGGGAAAAUAGCGAUUGGUUGGGCACUGUGCACGGUCGGCGGAAUAUCUUUAUUUUACUUGUCGAAAAAGAGUAUUGACCAAAGGCGAUAUGAGAGUAUGAAAGUUCGUGAACGCAUGAGACAAUCAAACCUUGGUGAAUACGAAGCUAGCUACAGAAAAUUCUCCAGCAACUGA